ACUGAAGCUCCAACCACAACAACGGAAGCCACAACCACAACAACUGAAGCUAUAACCACAACAACAGAAGCUACAACAACAACAACUGAAGCUACAACAACAACAGCUGAAACAACAACAACAACUGAAGCAACAACAACUGCUCAAACAACAACUACUGAGCCUACAACGACAACUACUGAAGUUACAUCAACUACUGAAGCUCCAACCACAACAACUGAAACCACAACCACAAUAACUGAAGCUUCAACCACAACGACUGAGCCUCCAACCACAACAACUGAAGUUACAACAACAACAGCUGAAGCCACAACCACAACAACUGAAACUCUAAGUACAACAACUGAAGCUACAAUCACAACAACUGAAGUUACAACAACAACUGAAGCUGCAACCACAACAACUGAAGCCACAACCACAACAACUGAAGCUUCAACAACAACAACGGAAGCUCCAACCACAACAACUGAAGCUACAACAACAACUGAAGCCAGAACCACAACAACUGAAGUUCCAACCACAACAACUGAAGUUACAACAACAACUAAAGCUCCAACCACAACAAUUGAAACCACAACCACAACAACUGAGGCUUCAACAACAACAACGGAAGCUCCAACCACAACAACUGAAGUCACUUCCACAACAACUGAAGUUCCAACCACAACAAUUGAAUUUACAACAACAACUGAAGCUCCAACCACAACAACUGAAGCCACAACUACAACAACUGAAGCUAUAACCACAACAACAGAAGCUACAACAACAACUACUCAAACUACAACCACAACAACUGAAGUUCCAACCACAACAACUGAAACAACAACAACAACAGAAGCUUCAACAACAGUAACUGAAACAACAACAACUGAGCCUCCAACCACUACAACUGAAGCUACAACCACAACAACUGAAGCUUCAACAACAACAACUGAAGCUCCAACCACAACAACUGAAGCCACAACCACAACAGCUGAAAUUACAACAACAACUGAAGCUCCAACCACAACAACUGAAGCCACAACCACAACAACUGAAGCUUCAACUACAACAACUGAAGCUCCAACCACAACAACUGAAGUCACUACCACAACAACUGAAGUUCCAACUACAACAACUGAAGUUACAACAACAACUGAAGCUCCAACCACAACAACUGAAGCCACAACCACAACAACUGAAGCUAUAACCACAACAACAGAAGCUACAACAACAACAACUGAAGCUACAACAACAACAGCUGAAACAACAACAACAACAACUGAAGUUACAACCACAACAGCUGAAACAACAACAACAACUGAAGCAACAACAACUGCUCAAACAACAACUACUGAGCCUACAACGACAACUACUGAAGUUACAUUAACAACUGAAGCUCCAACCACAACAACUGAAACCACAAUAACUAAAGCUUCAACCACAACAACUGAGCCUCCAACCACAACAACUGAAGUUACAACAACAACAGCUGAAGCCACAACCACAACAACUGAAUCUCUAAGUACAACAACUGAGGCUACAACCACAACAACUGAAGUUACAACAACAACUGAAGCUUCAACCACAACAACUGAAGCCACAACCACAACAACUGAAGCUUCAACAACAACAACGGAAGCUCCAACCACAACAACUUUAGCUACAACAACAACUGAAGCCACAACCACAACAACUGAAGUUCCAACCACAACAACUGAAGUUACAACAACAACUGCAGCUCCAACCACGACAAUUGAAACCACAACCACAACAACUGAGGCUUCAACAACAACAACAGAAGCUCCAACCACAACAACUGAAGUCACUUCCACAACAACUGAAGUUCCAACCACAACAAUUGAAGUUACAACAACAACUGAAGCUCCAACCACAACAACUGAAGCCACAACUACAACAACUGAAGCUAUAACCACAACAACAGAAGAUACAACAACAACUACUAAUACUACAACCACAACAACUGAAGUUCCAACCACAACAACUGAAACAACAACAACAACAGAAGCUUCAACAACAGUAACUGAAACAACAACAACUGAGCCUCCAACCACUACAACUACAACAACAACAACUGAAGCUACAACAACAACAGCUGAAACAACAACAACAACAACUGAAGUUACAACCACAACAGCUGAAACAACAACAACAACUGAAGCAACAACAACUGCUCAAACAACAACUACUGAGCCUACAACGACAACUACUGAAGUUACAUCAACAACUGAAGCUCCAACCACAACAACUGAAACCACAACCACAAUAACUGAAGCUUCAACCACAACAACUGAGCCUCCAACCACAACAACUGAAGUUACAACAACAACAGCUAAAGCCACAACCACAACAACUGAAACUCUAAGUACAACAACUGAAGCUACAACCACAACAACUGAAGUUACAACAACAACUGAAGCUGCAACCACAACAACUGAAGCCACAACCACAACAACUGAAGCUUCAACAACAACAACGGAAGCUCCAACCACAACAACUGAAGCUACAACAACAACUGAAGCCAGAACCACAACAACUGAAGUUCCAACCACAACAACUGAAGUUACAACAACAACUCAAGCUCCAACCACAACAAUUGAAACCACAACAACAACAACUGAGACAACUACAACAACUGAAGCUAUAACCACAACAACAGAAGCUACAACAACAACAACUAAAACUACAACCACAACAACUGAAGUUCCAACCACAACAACUGAAACAACAACAACAACAGAAGCUUCAACAACAGUAACUGAAACAACAACAACUGAGCCUCCAACCACUACAACUGAAGCUACAACCACAACAACUGAAGCUUCAACAACAACAACUGAAGCUUCAAAUACAACAACUGAAGCCACAACCACAACAGCUGAAAUUACAACAACAACUGAAGCUCAAACCACAACAACUGAAGCCACAACCAAAACAACUGAAGCUUCAACUACAACAACUGAAACUCCAACCACAACAACUGAAGUCACUACCACAACAACUGAAGUUCCAACUACAACAACUGAAGUUACAACAACAACUGAAGCUCCAACCACAACAACUGAAGCCACAACCACAACAACUGAAGCUAUAACCACAACAACAGAAGCUACAACAACAACAACUGAAGCUACAACAACAACAGCUGAAACAACAACAACAACAACUGAAGUUACAACCAUAACAGCUGAAACAACAACAACAACUGAAGCAACAACAACUGCUCAAACAACAACUACUGAGCCUACAACGACAACUACUGAAGUUACAUCAACAACUAAAGCUCCAACCACAACAACUGAAACCACAAUAACUGAAGCUUCAACCACAACAACUGAGCCUCCAACCACAACAACUGAAGUUACAACAACAACAGCUGAAGCCACAACCACAACAACUGAAUCUCUAAGUACAACAACUGAAGCUACAACCACAACAACUGAAGUUACAACAACAACUGAAGCUUCAACCACAAUAACUGAAGCCACAACCACAACAACUGAAGCUUCAACAACAACAACGGAAGCUCCAACCACAACAACUAUAGCUACAACAACAACUGAAGCCACAACCACAACAACUGAAGUUCCAACCACAACAACUGAAGUUACAACAACAACUGCAGCUCCAACCACGACAACAGAAACCACAACCACAACAACUGAGGCUUCAACAACAACAACAGAAGCUCCAACCACAACAACUGAAGUCACUUCCACAACAACUGAAGUUCCAACCACAACAAUUGAAGUUACAACAACAACUGAAGCUCCAACCACAACAACUGAAGCCACAACUACAACAACUGAAGCUAUAACCACAACAACAGAAGAUACAACAACAACUACUAAUACUACAACCACAACAACUGAAGUUCCAACCACAACAACUGAAACAACAACAACAACAGAAGCUUCAACAACAGUAACUGAAACAACAACAACUGAGCGUCCAACCACUACAACUGAAGCUACAACCACAACAACUGAAGCUUCAACAACAACAAAUGAAGCUCCAAAUACAACAACUGAAGCCACAACCACAACAGCUGAAAUUACAACAACAACUGAAGCUCAAACCACAACAACUGAAGCCACAACCACAACAACUGAAGCUUCAACUACAACAACUGAAGCUCCAACCACAACAACUGAAGUCACUACCACAACAACUGAAGUUCCAACUACAACAACUGAAGUUACAACAACAACUGAAGCUCCAACCACAACAACGGAAGCCACAACCACAACAACUGAAGCUAUAACCACAACAACAGAAGCUACAACAACAACAACUGAAGCUACAACAACAACAGCUGAAACAACAACAACAACUGAAGCAACAACAACUGCUCAAACAACAACUACUGAGCCUAAAACGACAACUACUGAAGUUACAUCAACUACUGAAGCUCCAACCACAACAACUGAAACCACAACCACAAUAACUGAAGCUUCAACCACAACAACUGAGCCUCCAACCACAACAACUGAAGUUACAACAACAACAGCUGAAGCCACAACCACAACAACUGAAACUCUAAGUACAACAACUGAAGCUACAAUCACAACAACUGAAGUUACAACAACAACUGAAGCUGCAACCACAACAACUGAAGCCACAACCACAACAACUGAAGCUUCAACAACAACAACGAAAGCUCCAACCACAACAACUGAAGCUACAACAACAACUGAAGCCAGAACCACAACAACUGAAGUUCCAACCACAACAACUGAAGUUACAACAACAACUAAAGCUCCAACCACAACAAUUGAAACCACAACCACAACAACUGAGGCUUCAACAACAACAACGGAAGCUCCAACCACAACAACUGAAGUCACUUCCACAACAACUGAAGUUCCAACCACAACAAUUGAAUUUACAACAACAACUGAAGCUCCAACCACAACAACUGAAGCCACAACUACAACAACUGAAGCUAUAACCACAACAACAGAAGCUACAACAACAACUACUCAAACUACAACCACAACAACUGAAGUUCCAACCACAAAAACUGAAACAACAACAACAACAGAAGCUUCAACAACAGUAACUGAAACAACAACAACUGAGCCUCCAACCACUACAACUGAAGCUACAACCACAACAACUGAAGCUUCAACAACAACAACUGAAGCUCCAACCACAACAACUGAAGCCACAACCACAACAGCUGAAAUUACAACAACAACUGAAGCUCCAACCACAACAACUGAAGCCACAACCACAACAACUGAAGCUUCAACUACAACAACUGAAGCUCCAACCACAACAACUGAAGUCACUACCACAACAACUGAAGUUCCAACUACAACAACUGAAGUUACAACAACAACUGAAGCUCCAACCACAACAACUGAAGCCACAACCACAACAACUGAAGCUAUAACCACAACAACAGAAGCUACAACAACAACAACUGAAGCUACAACAACAACAGCUGAAACAACAACAACAACAACUGAAGUUACAACCACAACAGCUGAAACAACAACAACAACUGAAGCAACAACAACUGCUCAAACAACAACUACUGAGCCUACAACGACAACUACUGAAGUUACAUCAACAACUGAAGCUCCAACCACAACAACUGAAACCACAAUAACUAAAGCUUCAACCACAACAACUGAGCCUCCAACCACAACAACUGAAGUUACAACAACAACAGCUGAAGCCACAACCACAACAACUGAAUCUCUAAGUACAACAACUGAGGCUACAACCACAACAACUGAAGUUACAACAACAACUGAAGCUUCAACCACAACAACUGAAGCCACAACCACAACAACUGAAGCUUCAACAACAACAACGGAAGCUCCAACCACAACAACUUUAGCUACAACAACAACUGAAGCCACAACCACAACAACUGAAGUUCCAACCACAACAACUGAAGUUACAACAACAACUGCAGCUCCAACCACGACAAUUGAAACCACAACCACAACAACUGAGGCUUCAACAACAACAACAGAAGCUCCAACCACAACAACUGAAGUCACUUCCACAACAACUGAAGUUCCAACCACAACAAUUGAAGUUACAACAACAACUGAAGCUCCAACCACAACAACUGAAGCCACAACUACAACAACUGAAGCUAUAACCACAACAACAGAAGAUACAACAACAACUACUAAUACUACAACCACAACAACUGAAGUUCCAACCACAACAACUGAAACAACAACAACAACAGAAGCUUCAACAACAGUAACUGAAACAACAACAACUGAGCCUCCAACCACUACAACUGAAGCUACAACCACAACAACUGAAGCUUCAACAACAACAACUGAAGCUCCAAAUACAACAACUGAAGCCACAACCACAACAGCUGAAGUUACAACAACAACUGAAGCUCAAACCACAACAACUGAAGCCACAACCACAACAACUGAAGCUUCAACUACAACAAAUGAAGCUCCAACCACAACAACUGAAGUCACUACCACAACAACUGAAGUUCCAACUACAACAACUGAAGUUACAACAACAACUGAAGCUCCAACCACAACAACUGAAGCCACAACCACAACAACUGAAGCUAUAACCACAACAACAGAAGCUACAACAACAACAACUGAAGCUACAACAACAACAGCUGAAACAACAACAACAACAACUGAAGUUACAACCACAACAGCUGAAACAACAACAACAACUGAAGCAACAACAACUGCUCAAACAACAACUACUGAGCCUACAACGACAACUACUGAAGUUACAUCAACAACUGAAGCUCCAACCACAACAACUGAAACCACAACCACAAUAACUGAAGCUUCAACCACAACAACUGAGCCUCCAACCACAACAACUGAAGUUACAACAACAACAGCUAAAGCCACAACCACAACAACUGAAACUCUAAGUACAACAACUGAAGCUACAACCACAACAACUGAAGUUACAACAACAACUGAAGCUGCAACCACAACAACUGAAGCCACAACCACAACAACUGAAGCUUCAACAACAACAACGGAAGCUCCAACCACAACAACUGAAGCUACAACAACAACUGAAGCCAGAACCACAACAACUGAAGUUCCAACCACAACAACUGAAGUUACAACAACAACUCAAGCUCCAACCACAACAAUUGAAACCACAACAACAACAACUGAGGCUUCAACAACAACAACGGAAGCUCCAACCACAACAACUGAAGUCACUUCCACAACAACUGAAGUUCCAACCACAACAAUUGAAUUUACAACAACAACUGAAGCUCCAACCACAACAACUGAAGCCACAACUACAACAACUGAAGCUAUAACCACAACAACAGAAGCUACAACAACAACAACUAAAACUACAACCACAACAACUGAAGUUCCAACCACAACAACUGAAACAACAACAACAACAGAAGCUUCAACAACAGUAACUGAAACAACAACAACUGAGCCUCCAACCACUACAACUGAAGCCACAACCACAACAACUGAAGCUUCAACAACAACAACUGAAGCUCCAACCACAACAACUGAAGCCACAACCACAACAACUGAAGCUUCAACUACAACAACUGAAGCUCCAACCACAACAACUGAAGUCCUUACCACAACAACUGAAGUUCCAACUUCAACAACUGAAGUUACAACAACAACUAAAGCUCCAACCACAACAACUGAAGCCACAACCACAACAACUGAAGCUAUAACCACAACAACAGAAGCUACAACAACAACAACUGAAGCUACAACAACAACAGCUGAAACAACAACAACAACAACUGAAGUUACAACCACAACAGCUGAAACAACAACAACAACUGAAGCAACAACAACUGCUCAAACAACAACAACUGAGCCUACAACGACAACUACUGAAGUUACAUCAACAACUGAAGCUCCAACCACAACAACUGAAACCACAAUAACUGAAGCUUCAACCACAACAACUGAGCCUCCAACCACAACAACUGAAGUUACAACAACAACAGCUGAAGCCACAACCACAACAACUGAAUCUCUAAGUACAACAACUGAAGCUACAACCACAACAACUGAAGUUACAACAACAACUGAAGCUUCAACCACAACAACUGAAGCCACAACCACAACAACUGAAGCUUCAACAACAACAACGGAAGCUCCAACCACAACAACUAUAGCUACAACAACAACUGAAGCCACAACCACAACAACUGAAGUUCCAAAUACAUCAACUGAAGUUACAACAACAACUGCAGCUCCAACCACGACAAUUGAAACCACAACCACAACAACUGAGGCUUCAACAACAACAACAGAAGCUCCAACCACAACAACUGAAGUCACUUCCAAAACAACUGAAGUUCCAACCACAACAAUUAAAGUUACAACAACAACUGAAGCUCCAACCACAACAACUGAAGCCACAACUACAACAACUGAAGCUAUAACCACAACAACAGAAGAUACAACAACAACUACUAAUACUACAACCACAACAACUGAAGUUCCAACCACAACAACUGAAACAACAACAACAACAGAAGCUUCAACAACAGUAACUGAAACAACAACAACUGAGCCUCCAACCACUACAACUGAAGCUACAACCACAACAACUGAAGCUUCAACAACAACAACUGAAGCUCCAAAUACAACAACUGAAGCCACAACCACAACAGCUGAAAUUACAACAACAACUGAAGCUCAAACCACAACAACUGAAGCCACAACCACAACAACUGAAGCUUCAACUACAACAACUGAAGCUCCAACCACAACAACUGAAGUCACUACCACAACAACUGAAGUUCCAACUACAACAACUGAAGUUACAACAACAACUGAAGCUCCAACCACAACAACUGAAGCCACAACCACAACAACUGAAGCUAUAACCACAACAACAGAAGCUACAACAACAACAACUGAAGCUACAACAACAACAGCUGAAACAACAACAACAACAACUGAAGUUACAACCACAACAGCUGAAACAACAACAACAACUGAAGCAACAACAACUGCUCAAACAACAACUACUGAGCCUACAACGACAACUACUGAAGUUACAUCAACAACUGAAGCUCCAACCACAACAACUGAAACCACAAUAACUGAAGCUUCAACCACAACAACUGAGCCUCUAACCACAACAACUGUAGUUACAACAACAACAGCUGAAGCCACAACCACAACAACUGAAUCUCUAAGUACAACAACUGAAGCUACAACGACAACAACUGAAGUUACAACAACAACUGAAGCUCCAACCACAACAACUGAAGCCACAACCACAACAACUGAAGCUAUAACCACAACAACAGAAGCUUCAACAACAACUACUGAAUCUACAACCACAACAACUGAAGUUCCAACCACAACAACUGAAACAACAACAACAAUAAAAGCUUCAACAACAGUAACUAAAACAACAACAACUGAGCCUCCAACCACUACAACUGAAGCUACAACCACAACAACUGAAGCUUCAACAACAACAACUGAAGCUCCAACCACAACAACUGAAGCCACAACCACAACAACUGAAGCUUCAACUACAACAACUGAAGCUCCAACCACAACAACUGAUAUCACUACCGCAACAACUGAAGUUCCAACUACAACAACUGAAGUUACAACAACAACUGAAGCUCCAACCACAACAACUGAAGCCACAACCACAACAACUGAAGCUAUAACAACAACAACAGAAGCUACAACAACAACAACUGAAGCUACAACAACACCAGCUGAAACAACAACAACAACAACUGAAGUUACAACCACAACAGCUGAAACAACAACAACAACUGAAGCUACAACAACUGCUCAAACAACAAGUACUGAGCCUACAACGACAACUACUGAAGUUACAUCAACAACUGAAGCUCCAACAACAACAACUGAAACCACAACCACAAUAACUGAAGCUUCAACCACAACAACUGAGCCUCCAACCACAACAACUGAAGUAACAACAACAACAGCUAAAGCCACAACCACAACAACUGAAUCUCCAAGUACAACAACUGAAACUACAACCACAACAACUGAAGUUACAACAACAACUGAAGCUUCAACCACAACAACUGAAGCCACAACCACAACAACUGAAGCUUCAACAACAACAACGGAAGCUCCAUCCACAACAACUGAAGCCACAACAACAACUGAAGCCACAACCACAACAACUGAUGUUCCAACCACAACAACUGAAGUUACAAUAUCAACUGAAGCUCCAACCACAACAAUUGAAACCACAACCACAAUAACUGAAGCAUCAACAACAACAACGGAAGCUCCAACCACAACAACUGAAGUCACUACCACAACAACUGAACUUCCAACCACAACAAUUGAAAUUACAACAACAACUGAAGCUCCAACCACAACGACUGAAGCCACAACUACAGCAACUAAAGCUAUAACCACAACAACAGAAGCUAUAACAACAACUACUGAAACUACAACCACAACAACUGAAGUUCCAACCACAACAGAUGAAAGAACAACAACAACAAAAGCUUCAACAACAGUAACUGAAACAACAACAACUGAGCCUCCAUCCACUACAACUGAAGCUACAACAACAACAACUGAAGCUACAACAACAACAGCUGAAACAACAACAACAACAACUGAAGUUACAACCACAACAGCUGAAACAACAACAACAACUGAAGCUACAACAACUGCUCAAACAACAACUACUGAGCCUACAACGACAACUACUGAAGUUACAUCAACAACUGAAGCUCCAACAACAACAACUGAAACCACAACCACAAUAACUGAAGCUUCAACCACAACAACUGAGCCUCCAACCACAACAACUGAAGUAACAACAACAACAGCUAAAGCCACUACCACAACAACUGAAGUUCCAACCACAACAAGUAAAGUUACAACAACAACUGAAGCUCCAACCACAACAACUGAAGCCACAACUACAACAACUGAAGCUAUAACCACAACAACAGAAGCUACAACAACAACUACUGAAACUACAACCACAACAACUGAAGUUCCAACCACAACAGCUGAAGCAACAACAACAACAGAAGCUUUAACAACAGUAACUGAAACAACAACAACUGAGCCUCCAACCACUACAACUGAAACUACAACCACAACAACUGAAGCUUCAACAACAACAACUGAAGCUCCAACCACAACAACUGAAGCUACAACCACAACAACUGAAGCUACAACCAUAUUAACUGAAGCUAUAACCACUACAACUGAAGCUCCAACCUCAACAUCUGACACUUCAAUUAUUACAGUUGAAACAACAACAACAACUGAAGCUACAACAACAGCUGAAACAACAACAACUAAAGCUCCAACCACAACAUCUGAAACAACAACAACAACUGAAGCUACAACAACAGCUGAAACAACAACUACUGAGCCUCUAACCACAACUACUGAAGCUAUAACAACAACUGAAGCUCCAACCACAACUACUGAAGCUAUAUCAACAACUGAAGCUCUAACCACAACAACAGAAGCUGCAACAACAACAACUGAAGCUACAACCACAACAACUGAAGCUACAACCACAACAACUGAAGCAACAACAACAACAACUGAAGCUAUGACAACAACUGAAGCUCUAACCACAACAACAGAAGCUGCAACAACAACAACUGAAGCUACAACCACAACAACUGAAGCUAUAAUCACAACAACUGAAGCUCCAACCACAACAACUGAAGCUUCAACCAUAACAGUUGAAACAACAACAACAACUAAAGCUACAACAAUAGCUGAAACAACAACAACUGAAGCUCCAACCACAACAGCUGAAACAACAACAACUGAAGCUACAACAACAGCUGAAACAACAACUACUGAGCCUCUAACCACAUCUACUGAAGCUAUAACAACAACUGAAGCUCCAAGCACAACUACUGAAGCUAUAACAACAACUGAAACUCUAACCACAACAACAGAAGCUGCAACAACAACAACUGAAGCUACAACCACAACAACUGAAGCUACAACCACAACAACAGAAGCUACAACGACAACAACUGAAGCUAUGACAACAACUGAAGCUCUAACCACAACAACAGAAGCUGCAACAAUAACAACUGAAGCUACAACCACAACAACUGAAGCUACAAUCACAACAACUGAAGCUUCAACCACAACAACUGAAGCUUCAACCAUAAGAGUUGAAACAACAACAACAACUGAAGCUACAACAAUAGCUGAAACAACAACAACUGAAGCUUUAACCACAACAGCUGAAACAACAACAACUGAAGCUACAACAACAGCUGAAACAACAACUACUGAGCCUCCAACCACAACUACUGAAGCUAUAAUAACAACUGAAGCUCCAACCACAACAACUGAAGCAGUAACCACAACAACUGAAGCUAAAACCACAACAACAGAAGUUGCAACAACAACAACUGAAGCUACAACCACAACAACUGAAGCUACAACCACAACACCUGAAGCUCUAACUUCAACAACUGAAGCUCCAACAACCACAACAACUCAAGCUACAACAACAACAAGUGAAGCUGCAACAACAACAUCAACUGAAGCUAUAACUACAACAACUGAAGCUGCAACAACAACAACUGAAGCGACAACCACUACAGCUGAAGCAACAACAAUAACUGAAACUCCAACCACAACAACUGAAGCCACAACAACAACAACUGAAGGCACAACAACAGAUAUAACAACUACAACUGAUCCUCCAACCACUACAACUGAUGACACGACAACAGUUGAAACAACAACAACUGAGCCUUCAACCACAACAACUGAAGCUUUAACAACAACUGAUGCUCCAACAACAGCUGAAACAACAACAACUAAGCCUCCAACCACUUUAACUGAAGCUACCAGCACAACAACUGAAGCUUUAACCACAACAACUGAAGCUACAACAACAACUGAAGCUUCAACAACAACUAAUGAAGCUACAAUAACAGCUGAAACAACAACAACAACUAAGCCUCCAACUACAACAGCUGAAACAACAAUAACUACUGAAGUUACAACAACAGCAGAAGCAACAACUACUGAACCUCUAGCUACAACUUUUGAAGCAACAACAACAACUGAAACUCCAACCACAACAACUGAAGCUACAACAACAACAACUGAUGCCACAACAACAGCUGAAACAACAACAACUGAGCCUCCAACCACUACAACUAAAGCUACAACCACAACAACCGAAGCUAUUACCACAACAACUGAUGCUACAACAAUAACUGAAAUUUUAACAACAACUAAUGAAGCUACAACAAAAGCUGAAACAACAACAACAACUAAGCCUACAACCACAACAGCUGAAACAACAACAACUACUGAAGUUACAACAACAGCUGAGGCAACAACUAAUAAACCUCUAACUACAUCUUUUGAAGCGUCAACAACAACUGAAACUCCAACAACAUCAACUGAAGCUACAACAACAACAACUGAAGGCACAACAAAAGAUGAAACAACAAAAACUGAGCCUCCAACCACUACAACUGAAGCCACGACAAAAGUUGAAACCACACCAUCUGAGCCUCAAACUACCACAACUAAAGCUAUAACCACAACAACUAAAGCUAUAACCACAACAACUGAAGCUACAACAACAGCUAAAACAACAACAACAUAUGAGCCUUUAACCACAACAGCUGAAACAACAACAACUACUGAAGUUACAACAACAGCUGAAGCAACAACUACUGAACCUCAAAUUACAACUACUGAAGCGACAACUACAACUGAAUUUCCAACCACAACAACUGAAGCCACAUCAACAACAACUGAUGCCACAAAAACAGCUGAAAUAACACCAACUGAGCCUCGAACCACUACACCUGAAGCUACAACCACUACAACUGAAGCUGUAACCUCAACAACAGAAGCUACAACAACAACAACUGAUGUUACAACAACAACUACUGAAACUACAACCACAACAACUGAAGUUCUAACCACAACAGCUGAAAUAACAACAACAUCUGACGCUACAACAACAGCUGAAAUAACAACCACUGAGCCUCUGACCACAACUGCUGAAGCUACAACAACAACUGAAUCUCCAACAAAAACAAUUGAAGCCACAACCACAACAACUGAAGUUACAACAACAACUAAAGCUCUAACCACAACAACUGAAGCCACACCUAAAACAACGGAAGCUUUAACAACAACAACGGAAGCUCCAACGACAACAACUGCUGCUACAACCACAACCACUGAAACUGCACCAACAACAACUGAAGUUCCAACCUCAUCAGCAGAAAUUACAACAACAACUGAAGCAACAACAACAGCUGAAACAACAACUACUGAGCCUCCAACCACUUCUACUGAAGCUACAACAACAUCUGAAGUUUUAACCACAACAACUGAAACCACAACCACAACAACAGAAGCUAUAACUACAUUAACAGAAGCUGCAACAACAACAACUGAAACAACAAUUGAAGAUUCAACAACAGCUGAAACAACAACAACAACAACUGAAACUACAACAACAGCUGAAACAACAACUUUUGAGCCUCCAACCACAACUACUGAAGCUACAACAACAACUGAAGCCACAACCACAUUAACAGAAUCUGUAACCACAACAAUAGAAGCUACAGCAACAACAACUGAUGCUACAACAACAACUACUAAAACUACAACCACAACAACUGAAGUUCCAACCACAACAGCUGAAACAACAACAACAACUGACGCUACAUCAAUAGCUGAAACACCAACUACUGAGCCUCCAACCACAACUGCUGAAGCUACAACAACAACUGAAGCUAUAACCAAAACAAUUGAAACCACAACCACAACAACUGAAGCCACACUUACAACAACUGAAGCUUCAACAACAACAACGGAAGCUCCAAUGACAAGAUCUGAUGCUACAACAACAACUACUGAAACGACAAUCACAACAACUGAAGCCACAUACACAUCAACUGAAGUUUCAACAACAAUAUCAACAGAAGCUCCAACCACAACAACGGAAGCUACAACAACAACUGAAGCCUCAACCACAACAACUGAAACUAUACCCUCAACAACAGAAGCAUCAACAACAACGGAAACAACAACUGAUGCUACAACAACAGCUGAAAUAACAACAACAACUGAAGCUACAACAACAGCUGAAACAACAACUACUGAACCUCCAACCACAACUACUAAAGCUACAUCAACAACUGAACCUCCAAUUACAACAACUGAAGCCACAAUCACAUCAAUUGAAGCUAUACCCUCAACAACAGAAGCUUUAACAACAACAACUGAAGCUUCAACAACAGUUAAAAUAAGUACUACAAUUAAAGCUACAACAACAGCUAAAACAACAACUACUGAGCCUACAACCACAACUACUGAAGCUACAACAACAUCUGAAGCUCCAACCACAACAACUGAAGCCACAACCACAACAAGUGAAGCUUCAACAACAACAACAGAAGCUGCAUUAACAACAACCGAUGCUACAAUAACAACUACUGAAACUACAACCACAACAACUAAAGUUCCAACCACAUCAGCUGAAACAACAACAACAACUGUCACUACAACAACAGCUGAAACAACAACUACUGAGCCUCCAACCACAACUGCUGAAGCUACAACACAAACUGAAGCUUCUACCACAACAAUUGAAGCCACAACCACAACAACUGAAGCCACAACCACAACAACUGAAGCCACAACCACAACAACUGAAGUUACAACAACAACUGAAGCUCCAACCACAACAACUGAUGCCACAACCACACCAACUGAACUUUUAACAACGACAGAUGCUCCAACCACAACAACUGAAGUUAAACCCUCAUUAACAGUUUCUUCAACAACAACAACUGAAACAACAACAACAACAGCAGAAACAACAACAACAACAACUGAAGCCACAACAACAGCUGAAACAACGACUACUGAACCUCCAACCACAACAACUGAAGCCACAACCACAACAACAGAAGCUAUAACCACAACAACAGAAGCUAGAACAACAACAACUGAUGCUACAACUACAACUGAAGCUCCAACCACAAUAACUGAAGCCACAACCACAACAGUUGAAGCUAUACCUUCAACAACAGAAGCUUUAACAACAACAAAUGAAUCUUCAACAACACUAACUGAGAAUUGUCCCUGUUUACUAUCAUUUUGUGAGAACCACUAUAAAGAAAAGUUUUGUUCAAUUGUAUAUCAGUCGUGUGGAAAUGUAAGCACUUCAACACUUUCAUCUACUGCUUUAUCAGCAUAACUUUUCACUGGAACAAUAUAUUUUGUUUUAAAGUGUUGUGCUAAAUUUUUUAUUUUGUGUUGUUAAUAUUUUAUUUGUUUUAUUCGUUUUGUUAAUAAUAAUUUUAUUAGUAUUUAUCGAAUUGUAAAUUUUUUUUGCAAGUUUUGUUAUUU